AUGCUCAUCGAUGAAGCGAUGGAAGCAACGAAUGAGAGCAUGGAGAAUGACGUCGCAGUUCUCGAAGACGCCGUUGCGGAGCAGGAAGAACUCGAGACCAUGUUGAAGAAGUCAUCGGGACCCACACGAAAGCCUCUUGAAGCCGUUUUCCGAGCAAUCGACUGCGACAGCCGCAUCUGGUUUCAGGAAUUAGACGGAAAUCAGGUUCGAAAACUUCAUCGAUCGCCGAGCAUCGUCCAGGUACUCGACGUAUUCCCACACAGCUUCGAGGUCGACGUGAUGAGCCAAGUCAUGCUCAGUUUGGAUUUUAUGGUGUCGAACGCCGCCAACAAAGUGAAGGCCGACGAGGAGAUUGACGAGAUCGAGAAAGUCGUUGAAGAGCUCGUUCGAAAUCUUCGCAUCAUUCAGCCUGAUGCUACGCCGACACCGAAACUCCACAUGCUGGUAUCAUUUACACUACACCAUGAGGGCACACGCGCACCAUUGUCUAAUGAUCACUCAUCAAUGAUGAGGUAUAAUAGUAGCUGA